GGAUAACACCAGUCGCAAACUGAAGUUCUAAAUCAAGUAGUGAAGUGAGUCUGAAAUUAGUUUAGUGGGUAACUGAAAAAUAGACACUCCUUUGGAGCGGAGAACAAAUUGCUUCACCCGUACACGGUACACCACACCACUUCCUUGCCAUCUCGUUAGACGUUAGGUACCAUCUUACCACAGCGAAACAGCAGCAGAGCAACCACCGCCGCGCCAUGGCAUCCGCCUCCUGGACCCCGUCUUCCUGGACGUCAGAUGACCACUUCCGAGCUCCCCGCGCUAGAGCCGACGAGGACUACGACGUCUCGCCCUGGCGGGUCGCCUCGCGGGUGCGCAGCGAAGAAACCCUGAGAGCCAUCUGCAGGAAGUACUCCAUCCCCGACGGCUUCACCCCGGUCCUGGCCGGCGACCGGUCACCACGCGCGCCACCGCCACCAGGGUCCGUCUGCGUGUUCGUCGACUCGCUGGAGGCCGGGAUGCGCCUGCCCAUGCACCCCUUCUUCGGCGCGGUGCUCGACCACUUCGGGAUCGCCCCGGGCCAACUCGCGCCCAACGGCUGGCGCGCCCUGGCGGGGUUCGUCGUGCUCUCCCACUUCGCCGCCGUGCCGCCGUCUCUGCCCGUGUUCCGGCACUUCUUCGCGCUGUGCGCGUUCCAGCAAAAGCUCUACUCCUUCCGCGGCAAGGACGCGGCCGGCGCGGGCUUGCUCUUCAGCCCGAUGAAGGCCACGAACGCGGGAUGGAAGAAGGAGUUCUUCUUCCUGUCGUCGUCGGCGCCGUGGCCGUGCCCAGUGCAAUGGGGGAAGGCUUUCAGGUCCGCCAACUCCGAUCCUGCACUCACCGGCCAGGAGAAGGCCGUGGCGUCGAGCCUGCUGCGCGCGCGGGGCGGGUCCCCGAUCGAUCUUACCACGUAUCUCCACGGCAGCAGCAUGGCCGAAGCCAAGAUCAUCAGGGCACCAUCGCCGCCGACUGAUCGAGGUGCACUUCUGAACACCCCAGAGCGCUUCACGGCUGGGUCUGGGCAGGUGACGGUGAAGAGCGAUCCGGACUCCGAUGUGUCGCCUCGUGUGCCGUCGUCGUUUGGGAAGAAUAAGCGUAAGCUGCCGGAGCACCGUACGAACGGCGAGAGCUCGGUGUAUCUCUCCUGCCCGCCGGGCUUCUCCCCCCAUCUCCGGAAGGCACGGACCUCCACAAGCAAACAUGGGAAGUCAGCGAAGCAGGAGCGCCAGGACGACGGGGAGACGGCGGACGGCUGGAAGGCGGCGAGGGAGCGUUUGCAGGGCAUCGUCACGCCGGCGCGGCAGCGCGAGCACGCGGCGUCCAGGCCGGCCGACGUCGUCGCCUCGACCUACGUGUCGCUGCUCCAGACGGCGGACGAGGUGGUGUUCUCUCUGGGCUACGCUCUGGAGCUCGAGGACAGGCUGAGGGAGGCGGACGCGCUGCGGGCGGAGCUACGCAAGGUGAAAGCCGAGCUCGCGGAGACGAAGGCGACAGCCGCGCGCGGUGCGGGAGUCCGAAGGAUCAAGUCUCCAGGGCGCCAUAGGUAAAGAGGCUUAAAGCUCGUUUCGACGCCAUGCCCUCUCCCGGUGUCUCCAACGGUGCAUUGCUUUCUUUUCUUCAGACAUUUAGGGGUGUCUGCAGCAUUUCAUUAGACAUUUUCGAAGUGAAAUGUUACAUCAUACGAACUAUAUACGUACGGUCGUAUGGAGAGUCUGUAUCUAGGAGUAUUAUUCACAUCAUGCACAUUAAAAUACUUUGUGGGCUUGUGUUCGAACUCGAGACCUUCACCUUAAUUACUCGCACAAGGCACAG